GGACUCGAUAGCGAGAAGGGAACUCCUGCUAUUGGACCAAGAACAUGCUAUUGGCCAAAUAGAGUCCAACCUCAUGGAUAAAACAGACCUGCAACAUCCCCAUGAUGCCAUUGUAUCCAACCUGUCCGGACUAUCAUGUCGCAUCUACAUUAGGAAACCUUUGGCUCCAUCUCGACUCGAUGGAGAUAGCACGGUUCAGACGCUGGUGGAAGAUUUCAUCGAUAACCUACAACAACUCUCUUCGAACUUACCCUCCCACAACAUUCUGAGCUGGCCACUGGUUGUUACUGGGUAUGCUGCAAGAAAUCCCGCACGCUAGCUGCGUUUGAUAUAUUGGAUCCAUUCAGCCGGGCUUAUAGAGUCCUCCAACGCGCGAACCUAUUGUUCUUGUGA